CCCCCCCCCCCCCCUUCAAAUUGAGAAAUAAUCCAGCUAUUGGCAGGCUUUCCCCUCUUUUUCUGGCGAUACCCAUUUCAGUGAAAACCCAGAAGUAGUUUUGUGUCGGAUUUCUGUUUAUGUUCUUCCAGAUUUAGGAUCAUGGGUUUUGCUCUGUCGGACGAAUUGUUGGGAACUAUCGUCCCGAUUGUGGUUUAUUGGUUGUAUUCUGGGAUUUACGUGGCGCUUUCGUCCUGGGAGAGUUACAGGUUGCAUUCGAAGAUCGAGGAGGAGGAGAAGAAUCUCGUCUCCAGGUCCACCGUCGUUAAAGGGGUUCUUCUCCAACAGCUUGUUCAAGCCGUCGUUGCAAUCCUCUUGUUCACGGUGACAGGAAGUGAUACCGAGGCUGAGAAUGGGCAGCAAACUUCCCUUGUGGUCAUAGCUAGACAGUUUGUGACAGCCAUGAUUGUCCUCGACACUUGGCAAUACUUCAUGCAUCGGUAUAUGCAUCACAACAAGUUCUUAUACAAACAUAUCCACUCCCAACACCAUCGUCUUGUCGUGCCCUACGCCUUUGGGGCUUUAUACAACCACCCGGUAGAGGGCCUUCUGCUCGACACAAUAGGCGGUGCCUUAUCUUUCCUCCUCUCGGGUAUGUCUCCAAGAACUUCCAUCUUCUUCUUCUCCUUUGCCACCAUCAAGACAGUGGAUGACCAUUGCGGGCUAUGGCUUCCGGGGAAUCUCUUCCACGUUUUCUUUAAGAACAAUACUGCCUAUCAUGAUGUUCAUCAUCAGCUCUAUGGGAGUAAGUACAAUUUUUCUCAGCCCUUCUUCGUCAUGUGGGAUAGAAUUCUUGGGACUUACAUGCCUUACUCGCUCGAGAAAAGGAGAGAGGGAGGGUUUGAAGCACGCCCUACUAAAGAGUUCAAGAACGAAUGAACACUGUAACGUUCUUACGAGGCCUUCUAAGAUUUGGUUAUAUCGUCCACGGGAAUGUACUACUUUUUCUUCUGAAAACAGAGCUUGGUUGCCUUUCCCCAUAGCAAAUUAGGCGAAAAAGUUAUGAGUUUUGUAUAUACACAUUAUACACUCUGUGCCACACCUGGCUUCGAUCGAUUUCUCUUUGUAUAAUAAUGAACCGAAACAGGGUUUUCAGACAGUACCCUUCCAAAGGGAUGACGAGGUUUUCUUCUGAAUCAAAAUUACCCUGGAAGAAACAUAACCGAAGGGGUUUUGGUU